AUGGCGAUUGCUUCUGAUUCAAUGACGACAAUCUGCAGUCACUGUGGGAGGGAUAUCCCAACGGUCAACCUUCAGUUGAAUCAAAAAGUUUCAAGAUGUGGUGAAAUUGUGCCAAGAAAGCUUGUUGAUGAGCACUUCAAAGAAAGCCAUGCUCCCAAAGAUUGUUCACUGUGCAGUGAAACUAUAGAGCGUGAAGCUGAUCUUUUUGAGCAUCAGGAAGUGUGUGCGAAUAGAACAGAACUUUGUCAUACUUGCAACAAGAAUGAGUCAUUGGUUGAUAGAGAAGGUGUUAGGAGGAGACAAGUAAACAACUCUGAAGCUUAUCAAAGAAGUGACGAUGGAGAUGACUCUCAAGGAGAAGCUGCUCGCAGGUGGUGGACACGUGGCACAUCCCAGAGGAGAAUAAUUUACACAAUUGCCCUUACAGGAUUUGCAAUGCUCAUCGGUUCAUUUUUCUUGUCAAGAAGAGGCUGA